AUGGCAGAAGAAAAGCAUAAACUUUCUGAUGAUGAUUUCACAGUUGAGUGCACUAUUGGUGCUGGAUCGUUUUCUACUGUUGUUAAAGCUGUUGAUAAGUAUAAUAGGGUUUUUGCGCUAAAAAAAUUAUUUUGGAAUAACUCUCCUGAUCGUAUAGUCAAAGAAAUUCGAUGGCUUAAAAAUUUAGAUCAUCCAAAUAUCGUAAAACUUUACGGAACUUAUCGAAAUCAAGAUCAAGCAACUUUAGUAAUGGAAUAUGUGCCUCACAUUCCAUUCAGGACUCUUAUACCUCAACUAAAUGGCACUAUUAUAAAAAAUUACAUGCGUGAAUUGCUUGAGGCAUUAAAAUAUCUCCAUAGCAAACAAGUAAUUCAUCGCGAUGUGAAACCUGCAAACUUUUUAUUUGAUCCAGAAUCUGGUCAUGGAUGUCUUAUUGAUUUUGGCCUCUGUGAAGAAGAAACGCAUGUUCCAUUACCCAUCUUACCAAAAACUCAAAUAGAUCCAGAAACAGAUUUCGAACUUAACUACCCGCAGAAAUGCCAGACAAGAGAUAAAAUGGUUGCUAAUAGAGAAGGAACGAGAGGGUUUAGAGCGCCAGAAGUUUUAUUUGCAUACUUCAACCAAAGUUGCUUGAUAGAUAUUUGGAGUGCAGGAGUAAUUCUUCUUUCUCUGUUAACACAGAGAUAUCCUUUUUUUAGGUCUCCAGAUGAUUUGACAUCAAUAUGUGAGAUAGCAGCCAUAAUUGGUACCUCAAGAUUGCAUGUAGCUGCUCAUGAAUGUGGCAGGAAGCUGAGAUUCCCAGCAGAGCAAGAAGGAUAUUCAAUUCCCCAAUUAGUCCAUAAUUUAAAUCACUACUUCAACGAAUUGAAUGUAAGCGAAACGGUGUUCGAUCUCUUGGCAAAAAUGCUUGAGCCGUGCCCUAGCAAGCGUAUAUCGGCUGCAGACGCGCUAGAACAUGAGUUUUUCAAACUUUAA